AUGCUGUCCUGGUGUGGAGGCCAAGGCAAGAGGAGGCCAGUAGGAGCUUCCCAGUUAUGGCUGGAGUUUCUGCCCUGGUUGUACACUCUCUGCAAGGAGCAGUCCUUCUGUGACUGCACCAUCUUCAUUGGGAAUGUGCAUUUUAGAAUGCACAAGGUGGUUUUGGCUCCUGCCAGCCUGCUGUUCAAAUCCGCGUUGGACAGCACAGACACCAUCUCCACUGAUGCUUCUGUGGUAACACCUUUGGAGUUUCCACUCUUACUUGAGAUUAUGUACAAUGGCAAACUCCCACUGAGGAAACACAAUUUCACCAAAGUAAUCUCGGUGGCAGAUAGUCUGCAGAUGUUUGAUGUGGCUGUUAGUUGCAAAAACCUCCUCAGGGAUCUCAUAACUUCUGCUCAGGACCACCAGGAAGCAGAUUCAUCUGGAAACCAAGCUGAAGCUAAUUACCUGCCCCAGUCUGGAAGACCUGAUGAAGAAAGAACAUUUAUCAUCCUCAUUCAGGGAGUUUCUCCUUUCCCUGUAGAAGCAGAAAUGGAAGCAGGUGUUUCUCCUCCUGGCUAGGAGCUUACCGUGAAUCACACAUGGGUUCAUCAGGACACAAUGCCAAGUGAGUGCAGGUCCCUCUGGGAGGAUGCAGGCUCUGGCCCUGACCAGCCUGCCCAAGCUGAGUGCAGUGGCUGUAUGGAACAGGAGCUUGCUGAGCUGCCAGAGGGGAAAGGGCGGUCGAGGGAUUUAGCAGCAGAGAGCAAAAGCUGUAAAAUGGAUUUCUUUGUUUGAUCUGAAAAUGUUUUCUCUGAGGCUCUUUCUGAUGCCGAGGCUGUGCUGAAAAGACUCCAAGAGUGCAGAGAAAUUGAUGCCUCUCAAAAGGAGGUAGCUCUGGCUGCUCUGGCCAAGGCAGAGGAUCAUUCAGUGUUCAGGAAGCUGCUGGGCAAAGUUAAGGAUGCUCACACCCAGGAUAACCCUGUGUCUUUUCUGAAGCUGUUUCAAGACACAAAUCCUGAGCUGAGGGUGGCUUUGCUGGAGAGGGAACAGGGCAGUGCAGAAGCCCCUCAGUAAGCAGAGAGCAUAGCUGAUGAAGAGACGCUGACCGCUCGCUUGCUGUGCUGCAGGGAGGAGCUGAUCCGGAGCGUGGCACAGCUGAGCCCCAUCAGAGAGUUUUGGAGCAGUAGAAGAGGAUUCCUGACUGCCUCAGAGAAGCAGGUAGCUUUGGAUUGCUGUGAAGGCAGCUCUCAGAGGGAAGCCAUGGACAAUCCGAUCAGGAAGGUGGAUGAAGAGAAAACCCUGAAAGUGAAACUUCUGGAGGCUGUGAAAGCAUCCUUCCCUGGACUCCAGCUUCUGCCAGACAACUUGGUGGCAAGAGCAAACAUCUCUGAUGGUGAUGGCAAAUGGGGCCCAGAGGAUUAUAGGGCCAAACCGUUGUGACAAUUCCAAGAGAACUUUGUGGAGCUCCUGACAGACACCCAGGUGCUGCUGCAGGACAUCUCUGCUGCAUGGAGCCUGGCUCCUGCAGAGAGAGAUAUGAACAGGCUCCUACACCUGUGCAAGCAGAUACAGAGAGGCAGUGGUUUCACCUGCCUUGUGUUGGCAGUGCUGGAGCGGCAGUCCUUGUCUGUCUCUGCUGUUUGGCAACUGCUGAUGACUGUGCAGGAAUCUGCAUCCCCAAAACUGUUCAUCAAGGAUAUCUAGAAACAACCCAGCUCAGAAUUUUUCUUCCUCACAAGUCUCUUGAUUGAGGGAAGAGGGCAGAAACCUGGGAGGUGGAAGGUGAACAGUGAAUCCCAAUUUGUAGUUCUGGACAAAGAUAAGUACAAGGCAGGAGGUGCCGGUGCCAAAGAAGCAAAGGAAUCCCAAGACAAAGCUUCUUCCAAGGAGAGUUUUGUCUGCAAAGCCUGUUGCAAAGCCUGUGAUAAGGUCUUUCACUUCUACUGCCACCUGAACGUGCACAUGAAAUGCUGUCAGGUCGUGAGAGAAAAGCAGAUCUAGCAUAAAGAGUGUGGCCAGGUCAAGUCGACAAAGAAUGAGCUGGAGAAGCAUCAGCUGGAGGUCUACAGGAUGGUGGGGAUGGCCAAGAAGAAAAAGAAGAAGAGGCUCCCCAUGGCAUGUGACAUUGGAAGAGAGUUUGCUCAUGCCUCAGCUCAGAAUCACUGCUCCUCCAAGUUCUCCUCCCUGCGGUGCAGCUGCUGUGACAAAACCUUCACCAGCACUGCUGCUCACCAAAAGCACAUCAAGGCAGAGCACACAGAUGUGAAGUUCCAUGAGUGUGAGUCAUGCAUGGAGCUGUUACCCAUGCUGGCUCUCCUGCAGGUUUCAGUGAAGUGCAGGCACUCAGCUUCCCAACCAUUGUGCUGCUUGUGCUGCUCCGUGGCCUUGCUCCCUGGGGCCCUGCAGAGCCACGUCACCAGCCAGCACUUGACACAAGAUAGCACCUUCGUGGGUGAACUCUUCCCCUCCCAGGGCAAGCUGGGGCACCUCAGCACUGAGCAUCCCAAGGUGACCUCCUCCCAAGCCACCACUGCCCAGAUUGUGACUCAGACAUCAGAGCAAGGAGCAGCAGAGCACAUAAACUCUUUCGAUGAUGCCAAACUUGUGACGUUGCCCAAAUCCCAAGUGAGACAAACUGGCUCUGAGGUGGUGACUGUGGAGAAUUUGUUUGAAACAGUCACUCUGAUGUGUGAAGAAAUCAAGUGA